CCAUUCAUUUAUGUGGCCAAAAUUGUUGAUAGAGUCCAUAACUGUGAGCCGUACAUCUUUCGUCUCCAUCUCGUGUCUUUCUCCAUUAUCCGAUUGUGUUUCAAUUUUUUUGCGUUGGCUUUUCGCACUGUUCAUUUAUCGUUAUUUUGUAACAUUUUGAUUUGGGAAAAAAAAAUAAUUAUCAAUUUGACCAAAUAACGAUUGAAUAUCAAAAUUUUUUGAUUAAACAAUCCUAAUUAAUUGCACCCGGUAAUUGGUAUUUAUUAAACAUCUUAUAGUUUAUUUUCAUUCGAAAUUGUAUUGAUAAAAUUCUUUACAUAAAAAAUUAUGUUAGAACAAAGUCCGGGUAAUUUUGGAAACGCCCGUGUGCCAUAUGAUUGGUAUCAAACAACAUCGCAUGUAAUCAUAACGAUUAGGAUAGCCAAUCUUAAAGAGAAUGAUGUAAAAGUGACCAUUAUUAAUGAUGCACUUGAUGUCAUGUGUCAAUUAUUGGAUGGACGACAAUUUCGUAUGCAUUUUAAUCUUUAUAAAACAGUUGUCGUGCCGGAUAGUAAUUGGGCAGUGGAUACAUCGAAAUUGGUUAUCAAUCUAAAAAAAGCCGAUCGUAAACGAUGGCAUAGUUUGGAAAUAAUACCGGAUAAAAGUGGUAAUCGACCAAAAUCAUUUAUUGGCAUUGUAUCAUUACAUGAUGCAAAGAAAGAGCUUAAUAGUCUAUUGUCGGCUGCAGAAUUUGAAUCGAAAGAGAAUAGUACGAAUGCGAUAACUAUUACGCAGACACGUACGAAUAAUCCAAAUCAUCCAGAAGCAUCGAUGAUGGAACCAAUAUCAUUGGAUUAUAAUUGGUAUCAGGAUGAUAAAUAUAUCAACAUUGUUAUUCAUGUGCCGAACAUAAAAUUGAUGGAAAAUCGUUCGUUUUUAUUCUAUGAAGAUGAUAUCAAUAUUAUAUUGACAGAUAAUUCAUUAAAUUGGAUUUGUAAUCUACCUACAGCCGUUACUAAUGUCACAUUUAAAUUGUAUAAGGAAAUCAAUUCAAAUGAAUCACGUUAUGAAAUAAGUCCGUGUAGGUCAAAGAUUGAGAUUAAACUACGAAAACUUGAAGAUGGUUAUUGGCCUUCAUUCGUUAUCCAACAGAAUGAUAAUGAGGAAAAUAAUGAAGAAAAUCGUGAAAAUGAUACCGAAGAAACAAAAGAUGCUGAGAAAGAAACAAAUGAAACACAAGAACAGCAACAACAAGAACAAGAAAAAUCUGCUAAAGAAAAUGAGCAAGAUGGCAAUGGUAAUGUCGCUAAGAUUGAUAAUGAAAAUGAUGAAGUAGAUGAUGUUGAUCCAAAACCGAUAAAAAUUGCACGAAUCGAUAUUGAAAGUACAUCGAAUUCCGAAUCAAUCGAAAAACAAUCAAAAGAAUUGAUAAAUCAAAAAAACAAUACUAAUGACAAUGAUAACAACAACACAGUAAAACCAGCGAUAAAAAUACUUGAAAUAACAACCAAUGUAAAAGAUGGACAAUUGACCGAAGCUUAAUUUUUUUUAUUGAAUAAAAAUAAAUGAUGAUGGGAAAAAACAA